AUGAUCUUGUGGGGCAAGUGUCCAUAUUGCAACUCUUCGGGGGCACCGGGGGAAAAGAAGGUGGGGGGAUCGGGAUAUGAAGUCCAAGAAAGUGAAAGUCGGGGGGUCUUUCGCUCAUCCCAUUCCCCCUUCCCAUUUUCCCAUCAUACAUUCAGGUUUCCCGUGAGAGAAGAAAAGAUUGACAUUGUGCAGCGGUCACUGACAUCAGUUCCAUCUGGAUAUACACACUUUCUUCUCUCUCUCUUUACACACACCAGCACGACCACAAUGGGAUCCAUCGUCCAAGCACCCGCCCUCACCACCCAGGCCAUGCCCUUCAAAGUUCUCGUCGUGGGCGGCUCCUACGGCGGGCUUUCCGCCGCCCUCAACCUCCAAGAUCUCUGCAGUGGUCUCGCACCACGAUGCGGCCCCAAGCCAGUCGAGGGCGCGCCAGUGAUCGAGACACCACAGUUCAACGUUGACAUCACCAUUGUAGACGAACGUGAUGGCUUCUACCACCUCAUCGGCUCCCCCCUCGCCCUGGCCGACGAAGACUACGCGGCCAAGUCCUGGGUAAGAUACGAAGACGUCCCCGCCGUCUCCCAAUCCCAAAACAUCCGCGUCAUCCACGGCUCUGUCAAGUCAGUUGAUCAAACCUCCAAGACGGCCACUUACCUCCCCCACGGCCUGGUGUCCUCCCCAGAAAACACAAGCACCCUUUCAUAUGACUUUUUGGUCGCCGCCGCCGGCCUCCGCCGCGUCUGGCCUGUGGUUCCGCAGUCUCUCCGCAGGAAACAGUUUCUCUUUGAGGCCGGCGACCAUAUCCGUGCUGCCACUACUGCCCGCCACGGCGUGGUGGUUGUGGGCGGUGGUGCGGUCGGUAUCGAGAUGGCUGCUGAGCUGAAGCUUGUCCAGCCUCAGUUGAAGGUCACGCUUGUGCACUCGAGGGAUAAGCUUCUCAGUUCGGAGCCGCUGCCGGAUGAGGUCAAGGAUAAGAGUUUGGAGCUGUUGCUUGAGGCGGGGGUUGGCGUGAGGAUGAGCACUAGGUUGGAUAAGACGGAGGAGGUGGUGGACGAGCAGGGGAAGAAGGCGGUCAGGGUGUGGUUUACCGAUGGGGAGAGCAUCCUCGCCGAUCAGGUCAGCUUGGCGGUGUCCCGGUCUGUGCCGUCGACGGAGUUUUUGGGGCUGAAGGAGACUGGUGUGUUGGAUGAGGAGGGGUAUGUGAAGAUCCAGAGUAGCUUGGCUUUCCCGGCUGAGACGCCAAACUGGAGUGAUCACUUUGCUAUUGGGGAUUUGGUAAAGUGGUCGGGGAUUAAGAGGUGCGGCGGGGCUAUGCAUAUGGGUUUUUUCGCUGGGAAUAAUAUUCAUCAGAGGAUGAUUGAGAUUGCUUCUGGAAAGGAGCCUGUCUUCCUUAAGCUGGAUGAGAUCCCGCCCAUGAUUGGGUUGGCGGUGGGGAAGAAGGCGGUUUCGUACUGGCCUGCGACUGGUGUGUCGGCCGGUGAGGAUGUCUCGCAGGCCUUCUUUGGGGAUGAUCUUGGGUUUACGAUCUGCUGGAAUCACUUGGGGCUUGGAAACAGCCAAAAGUUGUGAGGGUGUUUUGAGAUGCAUAGCGAGAUUUUGGGUUCACAAAAAGGGACGUUUCUUUUCUUUUGGUUACAACAAAACUUGUCGUGAUUGAAGUUUUUAGGCCACAGGUACGAGAAAUGUUGAAGAAUAUUGGAAUGACCAAC